AUGCACCUGCAGCACUGCACUUCACCAUCGGCCAGAAAUGCGGCCAGCGACUUUCCUGACGACUUGCUCGCCGAGCACCACCCCGCUCCGUCCUCCGGCGCCGCCCCAGGGAACCACCCGGCUCUAACAAAACUCCCCGCCGAGCUGACCGGCGACGAAGACGCGAGGACUGAGCUCGCGCCGGCGCGCGACGGCACCGCCACCACCGCGUCCGACGCGCCACGCGCUUUGGAUGGGAGCCACGCGGAGAAGCGACACGUGCCCGAGGCGAGCCGAGCGCGCACCACCAUCUCUUCGUCUCCGUCCUCCGCGACCAUGUUCUCAUACGCGGCGCAGCACGGACAUACGCUGCCGCCGUUCUCCAUCACCAACCCGGGUCACUUCGUGGCGCAUCACGCCGUCAUUCCGAACGGGCCGUACGACGGAGUGCUGUCCGGUGCGCCAAGACAGAACUACACGAGCGCAGCGUAUCCGUACGCGCAGGCUUACAGUCAGGCGUACCAGAGCGGCGCCCUGUACCCGCUCUCCCCGGCGCACCCGGGACUCAUGGCCGCCAAAGCGCAAGUGUACCUGUGCAACCGUGCGCUCUGGCUCAAAUUCCACCGACAUCAGACCGAAAUGAUCAUCACCAAACAAGGGCGUCGCAUGUUUCCCUUCCUAAGCUUCAACAUCUCUGGACUUGACCCGACAGCUCAUUACAACAUUUUUGUCGACAUUAUUCUGGCUGACCCGAACCACUGGCGUUUCCAGGGAGGAAAGUGGGUUCCGUGCGGAAAAGCGGACACGAACGUAACAGGAAACAGAGUGUACAUGCAUCCAGACUCUCCAAACACAGGCGCGCACUGGAUGCGUCAGGAGAUUUCAUUUGGGAAACUCAAGUUAACCAACAACAAAGGAGCUUCAAACAACACUGGACAGAUGGUCGUCCUCCAGUCUCUGCAUAAGUACCAGCCCCGAGUGCACUUGGUCGAGGUGAAUGAAGACGGGACAGAGGACUCGAGCCGGCCGGACCGCGUUCACACCUUCACGUUCUCGGAGACGCAGUUCAUAGCAGUCACUGCGUACCAGAACACUGAUAUCACCCAGCUGAAAAUUGACCAUAAUCCGUUCGCUAAAGGAUUCCGGGAUAAUUAUGACACGAUUUACACGGCGUGUGACAGUGAGCGCCUGAGUCCGUCCUCUGCUGCGGAGUCCCAGCGCGCACAGCUGAUGUCGGCCCGGUACGCCGCGGCUCCCUCCCUCCUUCACGACCAGUUCGUCGGCCAUUACUCGGGUCCAGGAGGGAGCGCGGAGCGCGCGCUGCCGUUCCCCAACAGCCUGGCAAGCUCGGAGCAGGCCGAGGACAGAUGGUUUAAUAACAGAUUAGAUUUUCCCGCCUCGACUUACGACGCAGCUGAUCUGACUGGCAGUUUGCCCGCCUUGCUGCCCUAUCCCGCCACUGCAGGGGUCAAAAGUCAGACGCUUUCCGCUAGCCCGACUUCUGGCCGCGCGCUUGGUGCGUACUGCGCCACGCAGGCCGGCUGGGAGUCGCGCGCCGCCGCGCUGCCGAGUUGGAUCACGGAGAGCAGCUUGGAGCGCGCGUACCUGUCCGGAGAGCACGGGAACGCGGAGAAGGACAGCACUGCGCCCGAGGUGUCCGAGGCGAGCAAAGACAAGGACGGAGUGGAUUCGGGCUGGACAGAAACUCCGUCUUCGGUAAAAUCCGUCGAUUCGGGCGACUCGGGGAUUUUUGAGCAGGCCAAGAGGAAGAGGAUGUCUUCUCCGGUCUCAGAGGAACACUCACCUCUAAAAACAGACCUCCUUAUUAAUAAUAACGCCCACGACGCAGCCCGGAAUAUGAACUACUUCACUUUUUAUUCUCAGAGUUAAACAAAGACCAUGUGGGAUGGAUCUUAUUUAUUU